UAGAAAACAUUGUUGUUGACAUUUUGGGAAUGUCUGGCGAACGAAUUGGACGCGCGAAGUGUUCAAGCUGCGUUUCCAAGUGACUUUUGUGGCUUUUCCAGUGAGUUUUCGUGCAAGUGGAGGCGCCAGGAAGUGGUAUACUGAGGAAAUACCACACGAGAUUGGGUGAAGUGCAUUUGUGUGGCGCGAAAGCGCGAGUUUUCCCUCUAAAAGUUAUUCGUGUGGGUAUUCCGCGGGGAUCCUCUGCGGGAGUGAGCUUAAGAGAUUUCUGUGUUUUCGGGGGAGUUUUGUGCGUGUGUGAAGUUGAGGAACAUCUGCUUGGUGACACUUCUUGGUGUCCCCAAUGUGCGAUAUGGAGCCCAUGGAGGCACCACCGCAAGAUACCGUGGAUUGCACCAGUGCAAUGGAUGAUCUCGCACGACAGAACUACUUCCUGCGCGAGAAGCUGCGGGAGGUGACUUCGGAUCGGGAUAGACUACUCUGUGAGGUAGCCAAUCUACGCCUGGAGCUGGAUAUGGCGGAACUCAAGAGGCUCCCAGAUGACAAUUUCCCCCAGAAAGUGGCGGACCGACAGUCGCCGGCAUAUGCCAUGCAGGGCAAUACGGGUGGGUAUGUGUACCUCCAGCAGCAACACUACGCACCCGCCCAGCAAGUUGUCUAUCAGCACCAAAUCUGCCCGACACAGCAGGUGAUGCACUCCGGACACCAAAAUGUCCAGACGACCCUCCACAAGAAGGGCUCCGUCCGGAAUGGUGGGGAUGUUCUCAAAAGGACAAGGACACAAAAUGCUUCGUCGCCUUGUCAGAGAUCUUUUCUGCAGAAUACCCAUGAGGUUUUGCUGGAGAUAUUGGGGCUUCCGGAAGCGAAAGAUUUGCUCCGACGCAUUGAAAUUGAAUCAAUGGGCAGUGAACAGAGAUUCUAUGCCCUCCUCCUUGUUGCAUCCGCUCUCGAGGAGGCUGCAAUGUCAAGACAUCCGGAAGUCUCAUGA